GGAUGUCAUCUCUGCAUCAGAAUGAAGUUCAGAAUGAAUAACUUUCAUCUUCUGCUGCUCUGCUUCUUCUCAGGAGGACUCUGCAGCAUCUCCGUCUUCACUAAAACUGAAGGAGACGAUUUGUCUUUUGGAUGCUUCUUUAAUUCCUCUCAAAGCCCCAAGUUCUUCGUCAAGGAGCAUGCGAAGGAAAAGAUUAUCCUCGAGACCAGAGGCGUCAGAGCCCAGAAGGGCAAAUACAGCAUUAAUUAUGACACAGAAUUCAAUGUAUUUUAUGUGAAAAUCACACAGCUGGAUCAGUCCGACUCUGGACGGUACAGAUGUGGUUUAGGCAACGCUUCCUGUCCACAGUCAGAGCGAGAGUUUGAAGUCAGAGUUACAGACGCAAUGUGUGAUGGAAACACAACUCUCAGAGAUCCAGUGAUCAGUGUUUGUACUGGAACCGAAGGUGGAAGUAUCACAGUCAGAUGCUCUGCUCCUUUAGCUGGACUCUUCAACUUGUUCUUCUGUAGGGACGCGUGUAAAAAGCAGGACGUUCUUAUAGAAAGCAGUAAGUUCAGUGCUCAGAGAGGCAGAUACAGGAUUGACUACGAGAAGAACGGAGUGUUUUAUGUGACCAUUGCGGACCUGUCAAAGUCUGACUCAGGACUGUACAGCUGUGGCGUCAACGUGACUUCUGCACCGAAUCCCUGCCAGACGGUUAAGAUCAGCGUCAUAGACGCCGGCCAAUCAAUGACACACACUUCCCUCUCCGGUCCAGGAAGCUGUUCAUCUGCCCCAGCCAUCCAUUCCAUCGCCAUCCUACCCACAGGUGCAGCUCCAGCCUUUUCAAAGCGAGUCUCUGAGAAUUUGGAGCAGCAGCAGAGCGAGAAAACAGGUUACCUCCUUCCUCUGGUUCUAUGUCUGGCCGGGCUUGUUGUGCUGGUGGCUGUUUUACUGCUCCUCUACAGAAAGAUCAAAAGGAACUCCUCUGGAUUAAACAUCGCAGAGUCGUCCUACACUGAGAACAUUGAGUGUUCCACAUAUUGAGCUUUGCUCCGGCCUCCAGACCAGCGGACCAACAGGCAUCGAGUCUAUUCUGUAUCAUUUCUAUAUCAUCUUUUGCCAUUUGAUGCACACUUUAUAUGGAAAUGAUGAGUCAGACAGCGACAGAGAUUAACUAUUGAUCCUUUCUGAAUCCUUCUUUGUCUGCUUGCAUUGACUAAUAAAACAGAUUCUUACUGAG